AUGGCUAAGAAGGAAGAUGUGGAGGAAGUGGUGUGUUCUUUUGAUAAGGUGUUGUCGUUAACUAACAAAGAACAAGACGGCCUUCACAUUGAAUCAGAUGAUACGACAACGAUGAACGAGCGGCUCCAUCUCUGUUUGGUAGGGACGGUACUCACUGAUCAAGGUUUCAACGGUGAGGCUUUCAAACAAACCAUGUUGAGGGCCUGGGGUACGAUGCGAGAGGUGGGUGUGAAGGACCUACGAGAUAAUCUUUUCUUAUUCACGUUCACAACUAUGCGGGACAAGGAGAUGGUGAUACGAAGGGGACCUUGGAAUUUUGAUAAACAAUUGGUCUUACUAGAAACACCAUAUGGUAAUAGAGCACCGAACAGAAUGGUUCUUCAGAAUGCUGAUUUUUGGGUUCAAGCACACAAUCUGCCGUUAAAUAGAAUGACUGUUACGACAGGGCGCCAGAUUGGAAAUAGGUUGGGCCAAUGCAUUGAUGUGAUGGAAGGAGCAUAUGGUGAAUGUUUGGGUAAGUAUUUGCACAUUAGGGUUCGGUUGGAUGUAACCAAACCUCUUCGUAGAGUGAUGAAGCUGCAAUUUGACCACUCUUUAAAGGCAGUGAUUGAGUUCAAAUAUGAACGACUACCUGAUUUUUGUUAUGCUUGUGGGAGGAUUGGCCAUGUAGUCAAGGAGUGCAAAUUUGUGGGUGCCAUGGAGAAGGAAGCAAAAGAAAAGCCUUAUGGUUCUUGGUUACAUUCGAAGUUUGAGGUGGGGAGGGGGAGAACUAUCAAUCCAGGGAAGCAAGAGGAAGGGAGGAAUAGUCAACGAUCUUUUGGGAAUACAGAAGGAGAUUGUUCAGGAGUAUGUGGAGAUAAGGGGCCUAGAGAUUCAAGUCCAAAAGGGGGGGUGGUGAAGGGAGGAAUAAAUUCACAAUCAGUGAAGGGGAAUUCAUUGGCUGACAAAUUGGCUGAGGCUGCUCGCCGACGGAAGGCAGAAGAAGACGAAAUUCAACGAGCUUUGGGCGAGGCAGCUUGGGAGACAGCACAAGCAGUAGCUGCUGAUUAG